AUGUGGUCCGCCUUUUUCGCGCCCUUUGAAGACUUUCAUUCGUUUGCUCGGAGCUUGAAAGCCCUUUCGAGCCCCAAAGUGAUCAUCGGGUUUUUCUUCUGGAUCAAGAUUGUCUUUGAUCUGAAAAGUUCUGGAAGUCUGGGAUCGAUUGACUUAAUUGAAGGCAUGCGAAGAUUGAAUCCUUGGGUCGACAGGAAUAAAGUCCGUCACGAUUGGGCAACUUAUCAGGAAAUCGAAACAGUGCUCAAGUACAAGAAUGAAGUGUACAAGUAUGACAGACACAUGCCUUUGAUAUUCAUUGGCGGGAUGCCCAGGAGUGGUACCACACUCAUGAGAGCCAUGUUGGACGCCCACCCGUUGGUGAGGUGCGGGGAGGAGACCCGCGUGGUACCCCGCAUCCUGCAAAUGGUGGCCCAGUGGCGCAAAUCACCCAAGGAGACCCUGCGGCUGAAUGAAGCUGGUCUCACUGAAGACGUCUUGGAUGCUGGCGUCGCUGCUUUCAUCCUUGAGGUGGUCGCAAGACAUGGAGAACCAGCAGCAAGACUGUGCAACAAAGAUCCAUUUACACUCAAAAGUGCUGAUUACUUAGCCAAGAUGUUCCCGAAACUCAAGUUCAUUUUUAUGAUCAGAGAUGGCAGGGCAACAGUGCACUCCAUGAUGACGAGACAUGUGACCAUCACUGGAUUCGAUCUGCAGGACUUCAAACAGUGUUUGAAAAAGUGGAAUCAGGCGAUGACAACGAUGCAUGAACAGUGUCGGUUGUUGGGGGCAGAGAAAUGCCUUCCUGUGUUCUAUGAACAGCUAGUUUUGCAUCCAAAACCGCAGUUGAGACGUAUAUUAGAGUUUUUGGAUUUGCCCUGGAACGAAAAUGUUCUGCAUCAUGAAAAAAUGAUUGGAAAGCCCGGCGGCAUUUCACUAUCUAAAGUUGAACGAUCUUCAGACCAGGUGAUCAAGCCUGUGAAUUUGGAAGCUUUAACCAGUUGGAUUGGCCAUGUGCCAGAGGAUGUCUCUGACAAUUUGGAGAAAUUAGCCCCGAUGAUGAAGGUAUUGGGGUACGACCCGAAUGACCCAAACCCAACCUAUGGAAACCCGGACCAGAUUGUGAGAGAGAAAACCAAAGACGUGAUUGAAAAUCAAGAGACAUGGCAGAAAAAAGCAGAGCAGCUUUUGAGAAUCAAUCAUGAAGAUGUUUUGAAUGACGUUGCUGUUGCUGCUUGA